AUGCGGGCAAUCUUCAGGCCGCGAACCGCGAGAUGGCCCCCUCCUCCCUCCUCGGUCUCUCGAACAUGGUGCAGAUUCCUCACAAAAGCGAGCCUCCGAGGGCCUUCCAACCCUCCCCUUCUCGAAGAAACAGUGGGCGAGAACUUCGCCAGAAUAGUCUCCGCCCAUGGCGACCGGAAUGCCGUCAUAUCCAGACAUCAAAACAAACGCCUGACAUACAGUCAACUUGACCUCGACAGCAAUGCUCUAGCUCGAGGACUGCAAAGCUUGGGAGUCAAAAAGGGAGAUCGCGUAUGUGUGUCGUUGGGCAACAAUCUGGAAUUUGCGACCAUUACAUAUGCUUUGUUCAAGCUAGGAGCAAUCUUGGUCCCUCUGAACCCAGCGUUCACCGGUGCUCAGAUCAUUUCAGCCUUGAACCACUUGUCCGCCACUCACCUGGUUAUUGGAACAGAGACAAACCUUCCUUAUAAGUCGCCGCGAUCAAAUAUCCCCAUUCUCGAAAAGAUCGUGCCGGACCUGUCAAGUUCAGCACUGUCCUCCGAAGCGAUACCUUCUCUAAAGCACAUCGUCCUCGUGGACAACUCCACAGGCCGUGUAGAUCCAGGUGCACUUCGCGUCACGACACCAUGGUCUUGGGUGUCCCAGGAUGCGGACACGAGUCCUCCGAAGCCUUCCUCUCCACUGUCAAACAACGAGGUCGUAAAUAUACAAUUCACGUCUGGAACCACGUCUAUGCCCAAAGCUGCGUGUCUAUCACAUCGCUCGAUUCUCAAUAACGGCAACCAGAUAGGUGAUCGCAUGCUUCUUUCUUCGGAAGACGUCGUGGUCUGCCCUCCACCUCUUUUUCAUUGCUUUGGAUGCAUACUCGGGUACAUGGCAACCGCAACCCAUGGUUCUGCAAUAGUAUUUCCAACAGAGGCUUUCGACCCUUUAGCCUCCCUCAAAGCGGUGCAAGAAGAAAAAGCCACAGCUCUCUAUGGAGUACCAACCAUGUUUCUUGCACAGCUUGAGCUCAUUGACGACGAGGUGGUCUCACAAUCGGGUUUCGAAUAUCUACGAACAGGUAUCGCCGCUGGAUCAUCGAUCCCGGCCGAAUUGAUGAGGAAAUUGCACAGAGUGCUCAACCUUACGCAAUUGACUAUCUGUUAUGGCAUGACCGAGACCUCACCUGUUUCUGCCAUGACGACAACCGACGAUCCGAUCGAAAAGCGCAUCAACACGGUCGGCCGACUCCUCCCACACGUGGAAGCCAAGGUGGUAGACCCGUUUGACCACAACAGAAUCCUGGAAGUAGGUGAACGCGGCGAACUCGCCGUAAGCGGAUACUUGGUCAUGAAGGAGUACUGGGGCCAACCGGAACGAACCACCGAGGUGAUGAGAGCAGAUGAACAGGGUAAGAUAUGGAUGCACACGGGCGACGAAGCUUCGAUAGAUGAAGAUGGGUACGUUAGUAUCACAGGCCGAAUCAAGGACUUGAUCAUCCGUGGCGGAGAGAACAUUCACCCUCUUGAGGUGGAGAAUUGUCUCUUCGCCCAUCCCAAGAUCGCGGAGGUCAGUGUGGUAGGGCUUCCGGACGAGAAGUACGGUGAGGUCGUUGCUGCGUUCGUCGUGAGAAGGCAUCAUCUGCCAAAGGGCGAAGAACCUGUGACGGUGGAGGAUGUGAGGAGUUGGGUCAAAGAGCAUAUGAGCCAUCAUCUCGUGCCCAAGUAUGUGUUCUUUGUGGCUGAUUACCCGAAGACAGCAAGUGGGAAAAUCCAGAAGUUCAAGUUAAGGGAGACGGGAGUGGAGUUGCUGAAACAGAUGGCCCAGCAGAAGUGA